CACUUGCAGGUCGAUUGAAAACAGAACACCACAUCAAAAAAGACGAACAGUCUAAGUGAACACGUGAUACGCCCAUUACUUGCCUCCAAUCGUUGCUAGCCCAUGACUCGAAUUGAUACUCGUAGCUACCCAACGAAUGUCGAAUUCAAAGAAAGACGUACCAAGAGUACGUCGUCUUGCCAAACAACUUUAUCGACAAGCACUGCCUCGCCGCUGCGCGUUGACCCCGUAGAUUCUCAAGAACAAGAUUUUUUCAGGAGCAUUCGAGAGAGAGCGAAGAAAGCGUCUUAUAGCCUCGGAAGUAACACACGGGCAAUGGAUCCACCGGAGACAAAGAAAGACGAAACUACGGGUAAUGCCGAAGCUGYCAACCGCGAUGCAGCCGUUGAGGCGGAAAUUCUGAAAGAAAUUGCAAGGCUCGAGGCCGAGGCAGAAAAGAAGAGAAAAGCUGCCGAGCUUGCAAUUGAAAAUGCCAAGUCAGUCCUGAAAGAGGCAGAUAGCGAUGACGACAGCAAGGAAGCCAAGGCAAACAAUGGCACUGUGAGUGCUAUUGCGCAGAUGAUCGCGAUUGCGGACCAGGAACUCUCUGUCGAGAAUGAGGCAAAAGAUGAUAGAGUUAGCGGUGAGGAGAAAAGAGAAGGAAAUGUGUGUGAAAAAGGAGAUAGAAAACAAUUGAUCACCAUCGUAAGUCCCCCCAGCAUCAAACGGCAGUUUCCUGCUCCUGCUUCCGAUGCAAACAGAAUCACCAACUACUUCAAGCGAAAUAAUGAAGGGGAAAACAGCAGAAAAGAGGAAGGCGAGGCCAAAUCGGACGAAGCAGACGAGAUCGACCAGCAGGUGGAGGCAUCAAUCUCCAUGCUCACCACCGAUGACGAUGCCGACAAGGGUACUUCUGGCCUCGAGGAAACCCUGGAAACACUGGAAUCCAAGAUCGCGGAAUGCACCUACGUGCUUUCGGAUCCGAAUGCCAGCGUUGAAGAACAGACAGAAGCUGCGCAAUUGAUGGUGCAGUAUGCAAGAACGGCGAAAGCCAUCACGAAGGUUCUUCAGAACGAAAAAUAAUACGAACCAUGUAUGGAACCAGUGUGCCCAUACGCUCUAGUUCGAAGUCUAAUUUUUGUUGGAAGCAAAGCGGAAGCAACUCUUUGUAGGAUCGGCCACGGAAACGGCGUUACUGCGAGGCAUUUCGGACGCGSUAAAAGUGGUAUUAGUAUAUUGUAAUUGCACAAUCUCUAGCUAUAUGGUUAUAAAUAAUAUUGUACAAG